AGCGUAGUUGUCUGCUAACUUCGAAAGAAGAUAGAUGCGGUCCCUAGCACAACUUAUAACAGCGUCGAAAAUCAGUGUGUACGUGAGAGUUUUAUUGUACCCUGUUAAAAAACGGAAAAAUGGAGACGGGAAAAUCCGGGAGUGAUCCGGGCCCUUCGCAUGAAAGUGAUCAGAUCGAAGAAGAUUCGAUACACCGUGAAGUGUUGAAACAACAAUUGAAAGAUGCGUUGGUAUAUUUUGAAAGUCUCCUCCGUAACAGUAAUCUCAUCGAAGCAGAACCAUCUUCAUCACUUAACGAAGAAACCAUGGUAAUAGGGGAAGAAAUGUUCCAGAAUACGUUGGAAAUGCUCGCCGAAAAAUCACUCGUUCUUGAUGAGGAACUGACAGACAUUAAUGAAAUUGACGACAGUAGUGCCUACGAAGAAGUUGAAACGAGUCUCAUCGCCAACGAAUCAUCAGACGAAUACGAGCCGGACGAGAAAAAAAAAAAGAGGUGCCAGUACCAGUCCACGUUCAACAGACCUCUCACAGAAAAAGGGUCAAAGGCUGUCCUGGUAAACCGACACGACAUUAACAAGGUGACGCAUUCGUAUACGGCACAAUAUUCAAUUACCAUGUCUGGACGAGUCUUGCCUCCUGUUUUCGUAUGCCUCCAAGAGACUACAGGUACGUUUGGACCCAGAGUGCAGAAGACGGUCAAUGAGUACGCCAAGAAGUAUAGCAACGUUGUUAUUACAUCUUCGAAAUCCGGUAAACUCACAACGGGUUUGUACAAGGACUUCUUGCGUAAUGCUUUGAAACCAUACGUACAAAACGAAAAAUUUCUCCUUCUGAUCGACUCUUGGGGUGGGCAAACGAACCCGGAGUUGUACGAUGAGAUGUUUCAGGACGAUAAAAAGUUACCAACGUGCACUAUGAAGAUCAUUCCUCCAAAGUGCACUCCUCUCGUCCAACCGUGUGACAUAUACUUUUACCGGCAGGUGAAAAAUUUGAUCAAGCGCCUUCAAAAUUGUGCUUUUUUAAUUGAGCGAGACCGUGAGAUCAAUUCCACAGAAAAUUGUAUAAAAAUCCAAUCGAUCGUGCACCACAUGUUGUCUUUUCCGAUUUUUUCCGAUAUGAUACGAUUCGCAUGGUUCACAUCAAACCUGACGAACGAUAGAAAAUUUUUUUUUAAUGUAAAUAAGGUGUGUUUUCCAACAGAUACUUUAAGAAACAAGUAUUCCUGUAAAAACGCAUCGUUUAUCAGAUGUACUAGAUGUCGUGCUGUUUUAUGCUUUCCAUGUUUUCAUGAUAACUAUCACUCUGGUUCGUGCGACAUUCCGGCUACUUCUUGUCACUAAUUGUGAAUUAUCUGCAAGUUUAUACGGAACUUUUCAAUAAAUUGUACCCACUUGAAUGUUAUUUGUAA